CUAAGGCCUGGUUCUGCUACUCGCAGACCCCAGGCAGCACCGAGAAGGCCGGUUGGGUGUUCUGCCCAAGCACAUCCUGCUAUACAGUUGCCGUCAGCCUGUUGGGAAUGGGGGACGCAAAACGAGGCUGUGCGGACAAAACUUACCCCGAUGCCUGCCAAGAGGCCUCUGCCAUUGCAGCUGCCGGCAACGUCUGCUUCUGCAACACCCUUCUUUGCAAUGAUUCCUCUGCCAAGGUGCCGGCUCUGUCCCUGCCGUUCCUCGCCCUCGCCUACCUCCUCUUCCACAGGCUCAUGUAGAAGAAACAGGGAGUGUAAAGGGGAACAGGAGAUGUGUGUUGGCAGACGCUGAGGCUUGUCUUUUGUUUCUCUGCGGUGAAUUGUCCCCUUUUUUUUCUUUUUUUUUUUUUGCGUUUGUUCACUGUUUGGGAUUUUAGGUUUGGGUGUAGAGGUGUUUGUUUCUGUAUUUAAGUGUUUGUUUGUUUGUUUGUUUUGAUUGUUUUUUUUUUUUUAGGGGGGGAAGUUAAGUGGUCUUUGAGGGAUGCUUUGUUUUGUUUGUGUGUAUGUUUGUUUGUUUGUUUGUUUGUUUGUUUGUUUAGGGAGGGGGUGAGUCGCCGUCCUUUAUUCUCUCAUUUCUCUCUGCCUUUUCUCGUAUUAUUUGAUGUAUUAUGAUGAUUCGUGUAGGAAGUGGAAUUAGAAAGAGGAGAUGGAAGGAAGGAAGAAGGGAGGUGGAACAGCAGGAGGUGGAGAAGGAAUGACGAAGGGGAGAAGGAGAAGGAGAAAGGAACGAAGGAAGAGGAGAGGAAAUGGAGGAGGGACUAGGAGGAAGACAAGGCAGCUGAGAAGAAAGAAGAAUGAAGUCUAGGAAAGAAGAAGAAGAGCCGAAAAAUCAGAAUAGAAAAGAAGACGAGGAGGAGGAGGAGGAGGAAGAGUAAAAUGAAAGAUGGAAGAAUCGAGAACGAGAAUCAGAGAGAAAGAGAGGGGAAAGGACAUGAGAAGAAGACCAUUUACGUAUCUGUCGGUUUUUCCGUCAAAUUGUCUUUGGUAAUAGUAAAGAAUUUCGAUAUUUAGAUGUUAACGCUGGCACUGUUUAGCACUUUCAUCCCGCCAUGUCUCAUCCUGUGUCAUUUUGUUUCUUUUUCAAUUUGUUUUUCUUUCUUUUUUCUCUCAUUAGACUGGUGAAAGAAACCCUCUUGACUGUCCGUAACCAAUGUAUUGAUUUCUUUUGGAAGAAGAUUAAAAGAAACUCACAUA